AUGAUGGCCCUGUCAGCGAGGUUCUCGACGAAUGAUUUCUUCCCGUCCGCCAUGUCCAAGGAUAAAGGCAAAGCGUUCGCCCGGAAAGCUAACGCCUUUUACGCGGAAGCUCUUCAGAGUGACGAGCAAGGUAGCGACGAAGGGAACGAAAUCUCCCUCGGUUUUCUCCAGGGUUGCAUCCUCCUGGCGUUCUACGAGCAGACAAACAGAAUCACGACCCAAAGCUGGCUCCUUAUCGGCACUUGCUGUCGACUCGCGAUCGACUUGGGACUCAACGAGAUGGAUAAGGACGUCAUCACUAGCAACGAAAUUGCAAUGCCCACAGCGCCGCCCGCUGAGGAGCAUCGGCAACCACAUCAGCACCAGUAUUUAGCGGCAGAAGACUCCUGGGUUCAGAAAGAGGAGAAGAGAAGAGCCUGGUGGCUGGUGUGGGAAUUGGACGUGUUCGCCGCCACCAUCCUGCGCAGACCACAUUCUAUCAACAAAGAUCAAAUGCACGUCUUGCUGCCUGUGUCGGACGCCUCGUGGUUCUCUGACACCCCCACGGAAUCGAUCUUUCUUCAGACCGACUUUCUGCACGAGUGGCAGACGUUGGAAAACUGUCCCAACGCGGAUGAAAGGGCCUGGUUCCUUGUCACGACCCUUCUCAUGGCUAGGGCGGCCGAUCUAGCCUCCCCAGAGAAUACCUUCACCUUACAGGACAUUGUCAACUUCGGGUCGGCUUUGAAUUGCUUCGCUCUGCUCCUCCCCCAGUGGUUUCAACUAGACUUUGUGCGCGCCCCGUUUGACGAAAGAAACUUUGCGGCCAACAACUGGGCGCUUCUCACCAUAUUCAUGCUUCACACAGCACGCGUUCUCGUCCGAAACGCACAAUAUAUAAAAUCCCAGAACGAACUGGAGAAUUCCGCCGUCGUGGCCGCGCUCCCUACCGGCCCGCACAACGACACUUAUCUCGUCUUCCGCGCCAUGGAGGCCUGGCCGCCCGAAUACAUCAUCUACGCCUGUCCGUUCGUCUCGUGCACCAUCAUCGGUCCGGCCUUUGACAAUAUCCGGGCUGCACUGCUGUUCGAGCCCGGAGGCCAUGGAACCUAUCUAUCCAUGUUGAAACUGAUUCUCAAGAAGAUUGGGACGUUCUGGGGUAUUGGGGAGAGCGCGCUGAUAGUUCUAUAUCCUUGA